CCAUGAUCUUUCCCACCAACCUCUUCUUCGACUUUUGGUCUCUUCUUUUUGUACUAACAGACGAGCUAGUGAGUUCACUAUCAGGUCUAUGAACUUCUUCCUUUUCUUCUCCUUCUUUUUGAUUUAAAAAAUCGUCAGAAAUCACAUUAUGAUUAAUUCAAUCACAAAUCCCAUAUUUUCUCACCUACACACAUUCACAAAACCCACAUGCUACGCAGUAACAAAACCCACAAAUUCCAUUUCCCAAAACACCCACCAAGCGCAGAAAUUUCUCCCUCUCUGGACAGUCACCGAGAUAGCUCAGGCCGUCAAUGGCAGAAUCGUGAAGUGGGGCCCACCCGGUACCAUUUCCACAGACACCAGAACCCUUCAACCCCACCAGUGGUUCUUUGCCAUUUGCGGUGAAAAUUUUGAUGCCCAUGAUUUCAUAACCCCAGAUUUGUCUCACAAAGGCUGUGUUGGAGUUAUUGGGAAAAGGGUUUGUGAGAAUUGGGACAAGGGUUUUGUAGAAAUCAAAGGAGACACUAUUUUGUCACUUAUGAUGAUGGCUAGUUAUGCAAGAGAUAGGUUUAGUGGUGAGCUGAUAGGAGUAACUGGGAGUGUUGGCAAAACUACUACAAAAGCCAUGAUAGCUUUGGCUCUUGGUGGUAUUGCAAAUAUGGUUUAUGGUAAUGGGAAUUGGAAUAAUAGAAUUGGGGUUGCUUUGUCACUAAUUGGGAUGCCUAGGAAUGCUGGGGUUGGAGUUUUGGAGAUGGGAAUGAUUAGGAAAGGCGAGAUUUUGGAGCUGGCAAGGAUGGCCAGGCCAAGUGUUAGAGUGGUUCUGAAUGUCCGGGCUUCGCAUUUGGCGAAUUUCGCAAGUUUGGAGGACUUGGCGAUGGCGAAAGGGGAAAUUCUUGUGGAGGCUAAGCCUGGGGAUGUUUGUGUUAUGAAUGCUGAUGAUCCCUUAGUUCUGAGCCUCCCAGUACCUCGUGGGGUUAACAGGGUACUCUUUGGGCGGAGAAUGGGGUGUGACGUUCGGCUGGUGGCAGCAGAAAGUGCAGAUGGAGGUCAUGCACUUCGAGUUGUUUUAGAAAAAGAUGAAGAGAUGGUCGAACUGCUGAUUCCUAUUCCGGGACUACAUUUAGCUCAUAAUGCAUGUGCAGCGGCAGCAGCCGCUACUCAUCUAGGGGUUCCCCUAAAACAAGUUGCAACUUCCUUGUCGACGUUUUCCCCGGUUUGCAUGAGAUCAGAGCUUAUAGUAGCUAGAAAUGGCAUCAAAAUUGUGAAUGAUGUUUACAAUGCCAAUCCUAUUAGCACCAAAGCUGCCAUUGACUUGCUAAAUAGCAUGGAGUGCAAAGGCAAAAGAGUUGCCAUACUUGGAGACAUGUUAGAACUCGGCCCAAAUGAAAUAAUGUUUCAUGACAUGAUUUUGAACAGUUGUGAUGCAUGUAUUGAUUUACUUUCUCUUGUUGGGAAGAGAUUUUUUAUUGCGGCCCCAAAUCUAAAUCUAGUUAAAGACAGAAAAGUUGUAGGGCCCGUAGUUUCUCAUGAUGCAGAAAGUAUUGCAGUGAAAAUUCUCAAGCAGAUUGGUUGUGGUGAUGUUGUUUUGGUCAAGGGCAGUCGAAGAAUGGAAAUGGAGAAAGUUGUAAAUACAUUGAAAGAAAUGGAAAUUCAAAACUGA